CAGGUCACUCCACCUCACGAGAAGCUUCAGACUGAUUCUGGCGUGAAUCUCAUUUCGCCUUCUCUCUUCGGGAGAGAGCCCUUUUGCACAGAACAGACGGAACCAUUCCGUCGCGGAACGAGUUUCUGGCCGGAAUCUUUAUGUGUGGUGCUCCCCUUUUCUCCCGCUUCUCCCGUCAUGGUGGCAACCGGGUUGUUCACUCUGCUGUUUCCUCUGCCUUUGCUAUGGCUGCUUUCUUGCUGGUGGCUGAGGCGGCACCGCGGAGCGAGCUGGCGGCUGGGGAGCGGCCGGAGGCUCUUCGCCGACGGACCGGCGACGCGCGCCCUGUUCGUGACGGCGCACCCUGAUGACGAAGCAAUGUUCUUCGCCCCCACCAUCCUCAGCUUGGCUCAAGCCAGGCUAUGGCUGCUCUGCGGGUCCACAGGGAAUUACUACAGCCAAGGGGAUGUCCGGAAGAAGGAACUCCUGGACAGCUGUUUGGUUCUAGGGAUCCCGCCUUCCAAUGUGACCAUCAUUGACCACAGGGAUCUUCCAGACCACCCAUCUGUCGAGUGGGACACACAGCUGCUCUCCGCUCUGAUCCUUAAGCAUGUCAAGACCAACCAGAUCAACCUGGUAGUGACCUUUGACGCGAGAGGAGUGAGCGGUCACCUGAACCACAAAUCCCUUUACACCGCUGUCAGGAACCUGCAUUCCGAGAAGAAGUUUCCAGAAGGUUGCCAAGUCCUCACCCUGGAGACGGUGAACCUUUUCCGCAAGUAUAUCUCCAUCCUAGAUGCCCCCAUCAGUUACCUCCGGAGCCCAGAUGUCCUGGUUGUGUUGGCAAGAAAGGAUGCAGACUUAGCCAAGAGAGCCAUGCAGUGCCACCGCAGCCAGCUCCUCUGGUUCCGACGCCUCUACCUGUUCUUCUCGCGCUACAUGGUGAUCAACUCGCUUCGCAGCCUCUGACAGGGAAGGGCCUUCUUCUCUCAGGAUGCUCGGGAAAUGGGCAGGAGCGAGAGAGGCUGGAGGAGGGAGGUCCUCCUUAAAACUCGCGCUGAGCCAAGGAGCAGAGCAGCACACACACCCCACCUGAUCGGGUGGCACCCGCUCAGUGCAGCUGUACAAGGUCUCUGCACGAGGUCUUUCCAUCCCGCUGAUGCAGUCCGGUUGAGAUGACGGGUGUCUGAGAAGCUAAGCACUGAUCUGUGCCCGUUUCUGUGAGGGUGAGCAAGACGGAACUUUACAACGCGGCAUAGAUUAUACGAGAGAUGGGUGCGAAAGAGAGGAUUUAUCCUGGGAUGAUUUCCCUUUGCAAAUGUUUAAAAUGCGCCGUCUUUUUUCAAAUGUGUCUUUUUAUCAUUCCGCUUAUGCACCACUCCCUGUAAAAACACCUCAAAGCGAUUUAACAAUAAAUGGACACAGUUGCUGAAAAGGGCAGCCUACCCCAGGCAAAUAAGUAAAGUCCCAAG